UAAUUUUGAUUUGAGUCUACCUUCCAGUCUUCUGCAGUACCUUCAACAAACCAGUGAUCUGGUGAUAGUGGCGAAGACUUGUUCACAGCUCUCUUUCUGGCAAAGCGCUGCUGUUCAUAAUGGCCACUGCAGAGGCCUCUUCUAGUGAUGCCAUGGAUAAGAAGAAGGAGCGUAUGGAACGGUUUCGUGCUUUGAACCUGAAACGGAAUGAGGCGCGUAAAAUGAACCUUGAAGCGUCCAAAGAGGAGGAACGUAUACAGAAGCUACCCGCCAACUACCAGGCCAAGCGUCGCCGUGUGGAGUGGGAGGUCGAAGAUGAGGCUGCUCGCAAGGAAGCCGAGGAAGCCGGCGAAGAUUACGACCGACUGAAGAUGCUGGAUUGUGGUGCGGACGAGGUAGUGCGUAUCGAACGGAAGCGAAAGAAGAAGAACCCAGAUCCUGGAUUUUCAACAUAUGAGGAUGCUACUAUUCGUCAAUACCAGCGCCUGACUAAGCAGAUGCAACCUGACCUGGAUGGUUAUAAAGCUGCCAAGGAGAAGUUGGGAGAUGCUAUGUACCCUGAUGCGGACGCACUGCCGGAUCGAGACCAGGAUAAGGUUAGCAAGGAGGGCGUUGAUCGCAUGGUUGCUGACCUGGACAAGCAGAUCGAGAAGCGUGAGAAGUUCAGCCGCCGGCGUGCAUUCCACGACGAAGCCGACAUCAACUACAUCAACGAGCGUAACAUGCGCUUCAACAAGAAGGCCGAGCGCUUCUAUGGCAAGUACACUGCCGAGAUCAAGCAGAACCUCGAGAGAGGCACAGCUGUAUAGCACACUGAUGACAUCAUGGAAAGACAACAGCACAGCUGUAUAGCACACUGAUGACGUCAUGGAAAGACAACACAACUACACGGUACCUCUGCUCUGCUCCACGUUGCGUGACCUUGCGCCGUCUUCUGCCAUCAGCAACGUGAGAACCAAACAGAUCACAAUGAUCAUCACACUAAAACGAUCCAGGCUGGUCUUGCGAUCUUGACAAACUUGUACACUUGACUUGGUUGUUUGUUGGUUGUAAAUACUGCACAUUGAAACUAGUGUACAUAUUUCUAGACCUGCCACAUAUUAUCUGGCAGUGUAGGGCUCAAUUUGUCUAGUUUUUUUUUUAUCGUUGAUGAUUAUUGGUGAUGAUCAUGAUUUCAUGAUGCUGUAUUCUGUAUUUUUUAUGAACUAAAAUUUAAUGUUUCAGUCAACUGACGAGUCGUGUACAUAUUAAAACAAAACAAAAAAGAAUAAAAAGACUGUACACUA